AUGUCUGCGAGUAAUCCUGUUUCUCCGAUAUCUUCCACUUACUCUAUCAGUCCUGUCAUUCUACAUUCUCGUUCCCCUUUUUUAACAACCCUGAAAGUUUCUGAAUUUGAACUAUCUGUCCCUUCAACAGACAGGUCUUCUCAAAAUAUCAUUCAAUUCUCUGCUGAGCCUUCAAAUACUCCGUUGGAAGAUGAAUUGUCUCUUACUUCAUCCUCUGGACAACUCGCACAAUCCAAAAUGGUAUCUUCACUCUCCAGUUUGUCUUCUAUGCGCUCUAGAUCUUUCAUUUUGCUAGACGCAUUGGCUGCUGAGAUUACUGAUGUCACCAACUCUGAAGAUGCAAGGCCUGUGAAGAAACCCCUCGAAUCUCAAAGACCGUUACUUAUCAGCUCCGCAUCGUUUUCACGGGCUCAGUCUUUCGAAAGUUCUGGGAAACCAAUCCGUGCAUUGCACUCGUCUUCUAAUACUAAAAUUGCUUCCUCAAGUACGGAUAUUUCUUCCUCCUCUGUGGUGAACUCUUCUCAUGCUUCUCGGAAACGUUCCAAAACUUUGGGAUCAUAUGAGAACUUUCCAGGUGCACCACCACCUUCUUAUGGAGCCAGCACGGGUUUGCUUGGCUCUAUAACAACUUUCAUCAAAUCAAAAAGCCGAAGCUCCUUAUCAAGGUCUACUUCUAUUGAGUCUUCAUCCUUAGAAUCAUUAACGACCCUUCUUCCAGUAGAUGAAGACUCUACCCCUUCCGAUUAUCUUGACAUAUUACUUAGGCACAAUCCUGUGACUUCAAUUGUGGCAUUACUAUCUUCGAAGGAUGAUGAGUUUUUCAGAUUAACUUUGAGAGACUAUUUUGCUAGGUACUUUGACUUCACCCAAUAUUCUAUAGAUAUGGCGCUGAGACAGUUUCUAAUGCUCAACGAAUUGCCUAAAGAGGCCCAGCAGAUCGAUCGUGUGGUCUAUGAAUUUGGUAGAUUUUACAGUCAGCAGCAUUCAGAGACAGGGUUGGAUACAGAUACUUGCUAUAUUUUGACAUACGCCUUAUUGAUGUUACAUACAGAUAAGUUCAACCCAAACAACAAGCAGAAAAUGACCAGGUGGGAGUUUAUUGAUAACCUUCUUAUGUCGCUCAUGGAGAAUAGAAAAUGCAUUGAUAAGGACAAGGGCAGAGAUUCCCCCAGUUUGGUCACGAAAGAAGUUCUUGGCUACUUGUAUGAUAAUGUUGUUCACUCACAAUUUGUUAGAAUCAAUCGGAGUCAAUGUAAACAGGCGUUGGUAGCCUUACAGACUGAUUCCGCAUUUUUUCCUUAUCCGUCCUGUUGCACUCUUGUCGUCAAUCCUGGCUCUUCCACUUCCGUGUGUCCUUUAUCACAGACUUCUUUGUCUCUUGUAGGUCGAAGGAAAAGCUCUUUCUUAUGGCAGCAACCUAUUAUCGAUGUUUACGAGUAUAUUACGGAGCGCAAAGUGAAGGAUUUGAGGCUUGAUAUUGAUUUCCACUUUACAAACCCGUUUAUUGGCGAUUGCCUCCAAGCGAGCGAUGCCAGAAGUGUUUGUCCUGUGGCCCCUUCUAUGAAAUAUGCUGACCAACAAAUCGGCUCUUCCUUUGGUAACCCCGAUACUAAGUUACUUGAGAAAAUUAUCAAUUGUCUUACCGAUCUGUCGUGUCGGGUUGUCUUUAAGGUUCCAAAACAAAAGGCCGGUUUCAUGUGUCUGCCGCUCACCGAAAGGAUUAGCUACAAUGAAAAAGCGCCCAUUGAAACUUCAAAAGAGUACUAUAUUGUGCGGGUGGUGAAAUUGGGAUUAGUUGCUAGACAGGAAUCUAGGCUGAGAUCUAAUGCCAAGUCAUGGAAGCAGUACUUUUGUAUUCUAACCCCAGUGGGUAUGUUCUUCUUUAAAUCGUUGAAUCUAUUCAAAAUGGUGUAUCACCCCGGUGACGAGAGUACCAAGACGCUCGUAUUGGAGCAAUGUCCUAGCAGUUCCACCACUACAAACCUGUUGGAGAGCUUUGAUCCAUCUCUCGUCAUUCGACAAAGCACUGCUGCUAUGCGGUCUGAGAAGAGUAUUCAGUUGGAUGAGGCCAUCAAUAUUCCUGCUUUAUCCAAAAGAACUUUGCAUGGACAGUUGCAUCAUUACACCUUCUACAUCUAUACCAGAAACUCAAAAGAAACUUGCAUGGUAGAUAAUGAGUUUGAGUUAAAGUUUUGGAUCAAUAGCAUUAAUGCUUUGUCGGCUUUAGCUCCCGUGAAACUGGCGGCGAAGAACUUGAAGAUUUUCCUCGGACCGGAAAGGCAUAAAGAUGAGUUUUACACGGAAAUACGUACCGCAGGCACACAGACUCUAACCACUAGAAUGACGAACUUGAAAACUUCUAUUGAAAAAUCGAAAAGCCUCCUUCUUGAAUACCUCCAGACAGUUAAAAAGUUGGAGCUCCUCACUCCGUUGGAGCCUAAAAGUAGGGAUGAGCUUCUUUCUUCUGCCAAGAUACUCAAUAUUAAACUAGAAUGGAUGUGGUAUGAGGCUACCAGAGGAUGCGAGUUGCACAAGAUAUUAGACUCAGUAAGCCAGCUAAUGAUAUAA